AGGCGGCAAUGUUGUUCUCUUCUGUGCUGUCGCUCGUUGAUGACGUCGCUUCAGCGCGACUAAAACGUAUAUCGUACAACAGCGGCCUGUGACUACACUUGAGUGCUGUAAUUUUUGUCUUUGGUGGAGGAUUUGAUCGUAUAGUCCGUCACCAUCAUGAAACUAGUCAGGUUUUUGAUGAAGCUCAGCCACGAGACGGUUACUAUUGAACUGAAGAAUGGCACCCAGGUACAUGGCACCAUCACAGGUGUUGAUGUAAGUAUGAACACCCACCUGAAGGCGGUGAAAAUGACCCUGAAAAACAGGGAGCCGACUCAGCUGGAGUCACUGAGUAUCCGUGGCAACAAUAUUCGCUACUUUAUCCUGCCUGACAGUCUCCCACUGGACACCUUACUGGUUGACAUAGAGCCAAAGAUCAAGUCCAAGAAGAGGGAAGCAGUGGCUGGACGGGGACGAGGCAGAGGACGGGGACGAGGCAGGGGAAGGGGACGAGGCCGGGGUGGCCCACGGAGAUGAUCACCAGGUCAUACUAGUCAUAUUGGUUCGUGAUUUUCACCACCCCACUGUUUGUACAGGUCUUUUCUUUUCUUUUUUUUUUUUCCUUCCUUUUCCGAAAGUAAAUGUCUGAAUUUCGGUGUCUUUUUUUCUAUUUUGUACAUUAAAAUUCUCCUUAUGAAGAGGA